GGUCAGCGGCCUCCUGCCCGUCUCCAUCAUGGCGGCGGCCGGUCCCAGCCUCCCUGGGUGCCGUAGUCAUGUGACCCACACAAUGGCUGAGACCCUACUCCAGGCUUCCCGGCAACGCCGAGCGAAAGCCAUGACGGCAGCCGCGGGUUCGGCGGGCCGCGCCGCCGUUUCCCUGCUGUUGUGUGCGCUGUUGGCGCUCGGCGGCGCGUACGUGCUCGACGACUCCGACGGGCUGGGCCGGGAGUUCGACGGCAUCGGCGCGGUCAGCGGCGGCGGGGCAACUUCCCGGCUUCUAGUAAAUUACCCAGAGCCCUAUCGUUCUCAAAUAUUGGAUUAUCUCUUUAAGCCAAACUUCGGUGCCUCUUUGCAUAUUCUAAAAGUCGAAAUAGGUGGUGAUGGGCAGACAACAGACGGCACUGAGCCCUCCCACAUGCACUAUGCACUAGAUGAGAAUUACUUCCGAGGAUAUGAGUGGUGGUUAAUGAAGGAAGCUAAGAAGCGGAACCCUAACAUUACUCUCAUGGGGUUGCCGUGGUCCUUCCCUGGAUGGCUGGGAAAAGGUUUCAACUGGCCCUAUGUAAAUCUUCAGCUGACUGCCUACUAUGUCGUGAGCUGGAUUGUGGGUGCCAAGUAUUAUCAUGAUUUGGACAUUGAUUAUAUUGGGAUUUGGAAUGAGAGGACAUUUGAUAGCGAUUAUAUCAAGGUGUUAAGAAGAAUGCUCAACUAUCAAGGUCUCCAGCAAGUGAAAAUCAUCGCGAGUGAUAAUCUCUGGGAGCCCAUUGCUGCGUCUAUGCUGCUUGACCCUGAGCUCUUGAAGGUGAUUGAUGUUAUAGGAGCUCAUUAUCCUGGGACCCAUACAGUAAAGGAUGCGAGGUUGACUGAGAAGAAGCUUUGGUCUUCUGAAGAUUUCAGCACCUUAAAUAAUGAUGUGGGUGCAGGCUGCUGGGCUCGAGUAUUGAAUCAGAAUUAUAUCAAUGGCUACAUGACUUCCACAAUUGCUUGGAAUUUGGUGGCUAGUUACUAUGAACAGUUGCCGUAUGGGCGAUGCGGACUGAUGACAGCUCAGGAGCCCUGGAGUGGGCACUACGUAGUCGAAUCUCCUAUCUGGAUAUCAGCUCAUACCACUCAGUUUACUCAACCAGGUUGGUAUUACCUGAAGACAGUUGGCCAUUUAGAGAAAGGAGGAAGCUACGUAGCUCUAACUGAUGGCUUAGGUAACCUCACCAUCAUCAUUGAAACUAUGUGCCAUAAAACUCCCCUGGAGACUUGGAGCCAUAAACAUUCUAAGUGUAUACGGCCAUUUCUUCCUUAUUUCAAUGUGUCACGACAAUAUGCUACCUUCAUUCUUAAGGGUUCUUUUAGUGAAAUACCAGGGCUACAGGUGUGGUAUACCAAACUCGGAAAACCAUCUGAGAGGUUUCUUUUUAAACAACUGGAUUCUCUAUGGCUCCCCAACGGCAGUGACAGUUUCACACUGGAGCUGCAAGCAGAUGAGCUGUUCACGCUCACCACUCUUACCACCGGUACCAAGGGCAGCUAUCCACUGCCUCCAAAAUCCCAGCCCUUCCCACGCAUCUAUAAGGAUGAUUUCAAUGUUGAUUACCCCUUUUUUACUGAAGCUCCAAAUUUUGCUGAUCAGACUGGUGUAUUUGAAUACUUUACAAAUAUGGAAGACCCUGGAGAGCAUCGCUUCACACUACGCCAAGUUCUCAAUCAACGACCCAUUACUUGGGCUGCUGACGCAUACAACACGAUCAGCGUUAUAGGAGAUUACAAAUGGUCCAAUGUGACUAUAAAGUGUGAUGUUUACAUAGAGACCCCUCAGACGGGAGGUGUGUUCAUUGCAGGAAGAGUAAAUAAAGGUGGUAUCUUGAUUAGGAGUGCCAGAGGGGUUUUCUUCUGGAUUUUUGCAAAUGGAACCUACAGAGUUACAGGUGAUCUAGCUGGGUGGAUGAUAUAUGCUUUAGGACAAGCUGACAUUAGAGCAAAAAAAUGGUAUACACUCACUUUAACUAUUAAGGGCCAUUUCUCCUCUGGCAUGUUGAAUGGCAAGCCUCUCUGGACAAAUGUCCCUGUGAAUUUCCCGAAGAAUGGCUGGGCUGCGAUUGGAACUCACUUCUUUGAAUUUGCACAAUUUGACAACUUUUAUGUGGAAGCCAUGGGCUAAUAUUCACAGAGCACCAUAGCACACUCUUUGGAGAUUCUUUCUUUCUUUUUGGUUUUGGUUCAGAGCCAAUAUUUGUUUUGAGGGAUAAAUGUAUGAGCCUUUUGGAGGCUAAAAAUAAUGAAGAGUAAUGAAGAGUAAAUGAGGAGAAAGAUAUAUUUUUGUUUGAUACUCUGGAAGACUUUUUUUAGAACUAAUUCUAAGGGGAAACAGAUGAAUCUUACCUGAGAUGUCCCCUGAAAUUCAAACUGUACGUUGGUCCUAUCCUUAGAAGUGGUUUUGGUGGCCAGACCUCAAGCCUUGGUGUUAAUGCUCAGGUAGCUCUUUUCAUCGUAUUUGCAAGUGAUCAUGUGGAUGGCAAUAACUUGAUCAUCACUGAGAUGUACUGAUCAAUGCUGAUGUGUGUUCGAGUGAGUUGAUGUCCUCGUCUCAGGAUAAUGCUUGCGUAAUAGGAAGCUGAAGACACUGGAAGUGCUGCUUUUUGACAACCACUUCAACAUGUUAUCCUUAAACUCUAAAACAUAUUUUUUCUUUUCUUUUUUAAGAUGAUGCUUUUGAAUAUAGAUAGCAUGAUUUGAAAAAUGCCUUAUUAAUAAACUACCUCUAAAACGAUUUCUGCAAUAAUAAAUAUUAGCAGGUUUAA